UUUUUUACCAAAAAAACAUUAUAUAUAUUUUUUCAUGGCUGUGCCUCAACUUAGUAACGGUGCCCAGGUAUCGCUGACCAAGCACCCGCUGCUGUUCAAGGCCUUUAGCUGGAUGGCAGAAAACCCUUACUCAGAGCAAUACAACCCCGAGGGCAUCAUCAACGCUGGUGUUGCAGCCAACGCCACCAUCAGGCAUCUCUUAAUCAAUAAGCUCAAUUCCAUCGCAGGCACAUUCAUAGACAGCGACCUCGAUUACAACUCACCCAACGGCGAAUUGGACCUGCGUAGCGAAAUAGCCAGCGUCUUCAACCGGCAUUUCUACCCUGUGGAUCUAUCAGUCCCGACCACAUCGUGCGGCAUCGAAAUGCUCGCCUUUGCGAUGUGCAACCCCGGAGACCACAUCCUCAUCCCGUCGCCAUGCUACGGCGCACUGGAAAAUGAUAUGAAUCUGCGGCCGCGCGCUGUGGCUACCCCAGUAAAACUGCCGCUGGAGGAGUCCAUGUCGGUGUCACAGAUUUCGUACUUUGAACGCGCCAUCGCUGACAUUGAGCGCAGCGGGGGCCGUUCCAAGGUGCUGUUCCUCAUGUCGCCGCAUAACCCGCUGGGAGUCAGCUACCCGCGCGAUGUGAUGCGCCGAUUCUUUGAGUUUGCCCGGCGGCACGACUUGUUUGUGGUUGUUGAUGAAAUAUACGCGCUCUCUGUGUUUGAUCGGUCAGAGAUCGUGGCGCCGUUCGAGUCAGUGUUGUCGUGGCACGAUUUGGACUCGUAUAUAGACCCAGCUUCGGUUGUAGUGCUGCACGGGUUGAGCAAGGACUUUGGUCUCAAUGGCUUCCGCAUGGGCUGGGUGCUGUCGCCAUGGAACAAGGACCUGCUCCAGGUCCUCGGCUGCUACUCGGGCUUUGGCUAUCGCCCGGCGUAUACGGAUCGCAUAAUAACAAAAUUUUUAUCAGAUCACGCGUUUGUCGACUCCAUGCUAGACAUAAGCCAGCGCCGCUUGGCCGACAACUACGCGCACACGGUUGAGUUUUUUGACGCUCACAAUAUCAGGUACAUACCGUGCACGGCCGGCCAUUUUAUCUGGUGCAGACUUCCCAACAGCGCUUGUGCCAAGGCGCUGCUGUCUAUGGAUCUCAUUUCUUUGGCCGAUGUGGUUGACACAAAGUGGACUGUGGAUAACGAGCUGGUCGUGUGGGAGAAAAUUGUCAAGCAGGACCACAUUUAUAUGCCUUCUGGGCGGGCAUUCUGCUCGAAUGAGCCCGGCUGGUUCCGCUUCACAUUUGCCAUUGACAAGGAUCAGUUGAGGGUUGUUUUGAAGCGCUUGGUCGAUGUGUGCUAAUGUUUUUAUAAAUUAUUCCAUGUGUAUUACUAUUAUUAUUAUCUAUCAUUUAUUAUUUACA